AUGACUGCGCUGGGAAGUGUGCGUGGCAUCUUUGUGGCAGAGUUUCAUGUCCGCACGGGCAACGCCAUUGUAUUCAGAGAUCCGCCUGACCUUGCUACAGAUGGCCUUGAAUGGAAAGUGCUACCAAGUGGCGCCCACGCCGUCCAGCGAGAUGUGAUUUACUUUGCGUAUGAUGAGGAGCAUAUGGGUGUCGCAUCGUAUUAUGCACGCAAACUCACGAAGGAGGAAGGCGCAGCUGAACAGCGAGGAGCUCGUUGUGUGAGUGUGGGUCUUAUCGUGCGGUGUGCGCAAGAUCCCAGUAGCCAGCUCCGCCACCUGUUGCCACACUUGCCGGACUUGACUCGCCUGGCCAUGGAGGUGGCUCAUGGUGCAGAGCCUCCCACUGUCGCGCUGUACAAGCAAAAAUAUACCCCGGAUGGUGCCUUGCCUACGCCCUCGAUGCUCGAGCGGCUAGCGUACGAUCCAGCCACAUAUAUGUUGUCGACGCACCGGUUCUUGGGGCCCUUGGUGGUACCGCUGCUCAAGCUCAUGCUGCUCCCACGGCGCCUGCUGCUGUAUGCUCCAGCACCUGUAGAGCGUGCUGCGAUGGUGGCCUUUAAUCUCGCGGAGCUUGUGCAUGCUGCCUUUGCGUAUGCGAUGGAUGCGCCCGGGCAGGUGAUGAUAUACGGCAUGCUUACAUUGCAUGACCUUGAUGCGUGGAAGCGCGUCGCCUCUUCGGCAUCUUCCUGGAUUGCAUGGACGUCGGACAGGAUCUUGCUGGACAAGAUGGAUACGUACGAUGUGUGCCUAGACUUGUCGGCCCUCUCCGUUUCACACGCCGCCGACGCGCCUGCGCCGGCCCAGCCCCUUGCUCGCUUUGUGGAAAAUGCGGCGCUCCGUCCUUCGAAUUUGACGUGGAGCAGUCGCGAUCUCAGCCUGUUUCUCGAGUUGGCUGAGCAGGAGCGGCGGUACGAGCUGUUGCUGGUGGACGAGGGCCGACCGACCUUUGAUGCAUGGCGCAGUGCAGAAAAUCUGCCCACCACCUGUGCCUUACACAUGCCACCAGGUGUGUCGUGGCGCUACAUGCAGCAGGACGCCAGAGGACUGCUGCUGGGAUACAUGGUCGUGUGGAUCGCCAGCCUCCGGUUCUGGCUGACAGAGUGGUGGCUCAUUCGUUCGCAGCUUCAUAUUGCGUUGCCAUUAUCGCUUGUGGCUCCGCAGGUGGCGCAUCGCGAGAGUCCUAUGAGUGAGAGCUUCGCUGAUGUGCCACGCGAGGAAGACGCGUCGAUCGACUCGGUGCCUGCCUCGGUCGGCGCCACGACGGCGAUCCAGCCGACGGAUCGUAUGGCUACGUCACUCGACUCGAUGGAUCCGCUCGUGGCUGCAUACGGUCUUUCUCUCCGUGCCAAGCCCUCCGGAGCAUCGCGGCUGAGCACACCUUCGCUCUCCUCUCCUCAGCCUAGUAUGCACACGUUACCGGCAGAACGCACCAUCAUCCCUGCCCACCCACGCUUUGAUCCAGAAGAUAUACCGCACCUCCCGCUCGAAAGCAUGGCUGGUAUGUAUGUGUUCACACUAUGGAGCAGCUACCUUCGCGCGCGUUAUAUCCAGGCAUCGGCGCUUCUCCAUGCGCGUGUGGCUUCCCUGCCGCAUGUGGAUGAAUCAUCGGCACUCUUAGCGCCACGCACAGUGCUCAUCACAAGCGCCAUGUUCCGUCAGCUAGGCCUGCAUGCAUCGAGUUCGGUGGACCGCUCCCUCCUCCAGCACUGGCUGGAGCCUUUUGGCGGCACGCUCCAAGUCACCUGGACGUGGUGGUUUUGGUAG